AUGUCGGAGGGUCCUCGGCUGGUGGAGGCCCACCCAGGAGAGCCGGGGGAGCAGGCAAAGGUCAAGCUCUCUGCUCUCGAACAGAAGUGGGAGGCCUUACAGCUGGAGGCAGAGCAGAGGAGGGCAAGUCUGGAGCUCAUUCUGCCCAGGGCCCAGCUAUUCCAGGAGGGAGUAGACAGCUUGCAGCAAUGGCUCAUAUCUGUGGAGCAGACCCUAGCUGAACUACGAAAUGCGGAGAGAGUGAUGCUGCAUCUCUCAGAGGCAACAGAUCGAGCCAAGGCUGUUGUUGAAGAGAUUCAAGUAAAAACUGCUGAACUAGGGGGAAUACAGAAGUCAGGUCACGAUCUAAUGGAAGCAGUUUCAGAGGAAGAGGCCCAGCUGGUACAGGAGAAGAUGGACGCUCUGCGCAUCCGUUGCUCUGUGCUGAGUCUGAGCAGUCUGGAUGUGCUGCAGAGGCUGGAGCAGGCUCUUGAGGCCUCCAGUCGUUGUACCUCGAGCCAGGAAGACCUCCACCUGUGGCUGAGCCGUAUCGAGAGAGAACUCUUGGGGGCGGCAGGAGCACAGACACAUGCUGGAGAUGCAGUUCUGUGUGCAGCUGAGAGACAGAGGCUGGAGCAGGCAGUGGUAAAGGAGAUGGCUUGGUUCAAAGACACGGCGCUUGGUCUUGAAAAGCUGAAAACCAUAAAUCUGGAGCCAGAACACAUAGCAGAGCAACUCUACGAACAGAAGAUCUUAGCAGUGGAGAUUCUGCAACACAGGUUCAACAUUGAGAAGAUGGUGAAGAUUGCUGAAAUCUUGAUGACAUACAGCGAUGAAGGAGAAACCAGCGAUCUCCGGGUAUGCUUUUCACUGCAGUUCAUGACAUCAUUUUAUUGA